AUGGCCUUUUUGAUCACUGGUACCGCCGUCCUGCUAGUUGGAUUUUUGCUAUAUGCCGUUCUCUUUACAGGCAGAAGAGGUCGUAACUUUCCUGAUGGCCCACCGACGUUACCGAUCAUUGGCAAUUUGCAUCAACUUCCGAAACAAAAGAUUUACUUCCAGUUCACUGAAUGGGCGAAACAAUAUGGAGGAAUGUUCUCCUUGAAGAUUGGCUCAGGAAAUGCCGUGGUUCUCACCGAUCGACGCAUCAUCAAACAACUGCUCGAGAAAAGGAGUGCGAUUUCCAGUAAUCGUCCAGUCAGCAUGGUGGCUCAGCAACUCAUCACCGAAGGUGACCAUAUGCUGUGGAUGGAUAAUACACCCACAUGGCGAACAUUUAGAAAGCUCCUUCAUCAAGACUUGACCGAGACCUUGUGCAAUAAAGAACAUGUCAAACUGCAGCAAGCCGAGGCUGUGCAGUUGCUGCAUGACAUGAUUGACGGUGCCGAUCACUGGGUUGACCACCUCAAAAGAUUCAGCAACAGUAUCAUCAUGAGCAUAGUCUAUGGUAUCCGGUCUCCCUCGAUCGAUGCACCGCACACGAGAAAACUCAUCGAGGCCGCCGAAAUCUGGGCAAGAAUAAAUGAAUUCGGUGCUACACCACCGGUUGAUAUUUUCCCCUUUCUGAAAUGGAUUCCGGAACGCUUUCUCGGCAACUGGGUGACUCGCGCGAAGGAAGUCCACGAUGCGUUACACGACCUUUACGACGGUCUGCUAAGCUCCGUAAUCAGACGACGACAGUCUAUAGGCUCUAUUGACAGUGUCGUAGACCGGGUUUUAGACCAACAAGAGAAAUAUGGGUUGACAACUCAUCAAGUCACUUUGCUUGCAGGUGUCACGAUCAAAGGAGGCUCAGAUACCACCGCCUCCGUUCUCAGUUCAACUAUUCAAGCUCUGGUCACGGAUCCCAGUGUACUCAAAAGGGCACAAGCGGAAAUGGAUUCUGUUGUGGGUGAAGACAGGACCCCGACGUGGGAGGACCAUGAGAGGCUUCCCUACAUCUGCGCUAUGGUCAAAGAAUCUCAUCGAUGGAGGCCUGUCGCGCCGCUGGCAGUUCCCCAUGCCUUGUCUGAAGAUGAGAUCGUCGACGGUAAAUUACUCGUGAAGGGGACAGUGGUGUUUGUCAAUGUCUGGGGCCUCCAUCAAGACGAGACAAAAUUCGCCAACGCCCAUAAGUUCGACCCAUCUCACUACAUGGAUCAUCCACUGUUAGCUGCGGAAUAUGCCAAUUCUGCCGAUUACGAGAAACGCGACCACUAUGGAUACGGCAUGGGUCGACGGCUAUGCCCAGGAAUUCACCUGGCGGAUCGGAAUCUUUUCCAUGCCAUCUCGAAGCUAGUGUGGGCUUUCAAUAUCGAGAAAGGAGAUGAUCCUCAAACGGGGAAGCCAUUCACGCCUGAUACUAGCAUGGAGACAGGGUACAGGGAAGGCUUGACGGCGUGUCCGUACGAGUUUCCGAUCAAGCUCACGGUAAGAUCGCAGAAGAGACACGACACAAUCAUGAAGGAGUAUGCUGCUGCUCAAACGGAGGUUUUCCAGAAAUUCGACAAGUCGGACUUCUUCAAGUAG